AUGUCGGACGAGGAAAGGGAAUCACUGAUAACGCCCGCCAUACCUUCGAACCGGUCCAACUAUGGAACUGCGGAGAAUGCGCGCGACGCAAUGUCAAAGUUUGUGGUGAACAAUGUGGCGGGUGAAUCGGGCCGAAAAUUGCCACAGUAUCUUGCCGGACUGGCUGCAUCGGGUGGUGCGCUUGCGGCCGGUACGUUUCUCGGCUGGACAGCACCGACGGACAAACCGCUGACCCAGGAGGGCGAGUAUGGGUUUCCGAUCUCGGACGAACAGUUUUCGUGGAUCGGUUCAAUCUCGAACCUGGGCGCGGCAUUGAUGUGUUUCCCGAUCGGGUACAUGAUGAAGAUGAUUGGAAGGAAGUGGUCCAUGUUGGCGAUGGUGCUGCCGCUCGUACUGGGAUGGUUGCUGAUUAUCUUUGCGGAGAACGUUGGCAUGAUGAUGGUGGGACGGUUUUUCCUUGGCGUUGGUGGCGGUGCGUUCUGUGUGGCGGCACCAACCUACACGGCGGAAAUCGCGCAACCAUCUAUUCGCGGUACGCUCGGUACGUUCUUUCAGCUGAUGGUGACGCUUGGCAUCCUGUUCGUGUAUGCGGUCGGGUCGGGAGUGGACGUGCAGGUGCUCAGCAUCAUCUGCGGUGUGAUACCGCUGGUAUUCGGGGCCAUCUUUUUCUUCAUGCCAGAGAGUCCGUACUAUUUCGUAGAAAAAGGCCGUUACAGUGAGGCAUCGAGCUCGCUAAAGUGGCUCCGGGGCGCACAGUACGACGAGGCAGCCGAGAUCGAGGAUUUGAAGCAAGCAGAUGAGAAGGUGAAGGCGGAAGCGAUCCCGAUGCUGGUGGCGUUCCGGGAAAAGGCCACGAUCCGUGCGUUGAUUAUCUCGCUCGGGCUGAUGUUCUUCCAGCAGCUGUCCGGUAUUAAUGCGGUUAUUUUCUACAACUCGGCCAUUUUCGCCAGUGCCAAUGGUGGCAAGGAGAUGAGCUCGGCGUCCAUCAUCGUGGGUGGCAUUCAGGUGGUGGCUACCCUACUCGCAUCCGCCGUAGUUGACAAAGUUGGCCGUCGUAUUCUGCUGCUCGUGUCCGAUCUGAUGAUGGCCGUAUCGACGAUUUUACUCGCUGUAUACUUCCAGCUGAAGCAGGACGACCCUGCCAAGGUGGACGAUCUCAGCUGGUUGGCCGUGCUGGCCGUCUGUCUGUUCAUUGCCAUGUUCUCGAUCGGUUACGGUCCCGUGCCGUGGCUGAUGGUGGGCGAACUGUUCGCUAACAACGUGAAAGCAUUCGCCAGCCCGGUGGCCGGUGUGUUUAACUGGCUGCUUGCUUUCCUGGUGACGAAGGUGUUUACCAACCUGAAGGAUGCGAUGGGCGAGGCGGGCGUCUUUUGGCUGUUUUCGGGCAUUUCACUCCUCGGUACGGUGUUUGUGUUUGUGAUGGUGCCGGAAACGAAGGGCAAAUCGCUGAGAGAUAUUCAACGGUUACUGGCUGGGGAGAAGCUAAGCACGGAACAGGCCAGUACGGAAGGCCGGGAAGAGGAACGGACUCCGCAGGCCAUAGCAUAA